CACCGCAUUAGUUUUUUUUUUUCAGAUGAAUCCUCCUUUUUUCAUCAGAAUGAAAGAAAAGCAAGCCAACAACACUGUGAAAAUAUUUCUGCUUGAGCUACGACCUCUGAUUGGUUGUAAUUGAGGACAUAUCCGCUAUGGGUCAAAAGUCACGCAAGUUAUCGGCUCUUCCAUGGACUGAUUGUUUUUAGUUUGCUUUACAAGUCAGUUGCGUAUGGUUCGAGAUCAAGAGUUACUUUUCUCUAUGAUCCAUCUACUUCUAUCCCAUCAUAAUUGAGUUUCAAAAUGUUCUUUUCGUUUUCUUCUCCUCCAAAAGAAGCUGCGUCGAGUGUGCAGGACGUCGAGGUCAAGGCAUCUAAGAUUCGGUUGAUGACUCGACUAGCGGUAGAGCAUGGUUCAAUAAAUCUUAGUCAAGGGUUCCCGAAUGAGCCACCGCCGAAGCGUGGCGUUAGCGCCGUCGUGUGCUCGCUUCUGGGCGGUACGCAAGAGCGCAGCGAACAGCUCGGUCGGACGCCCGUCACUAGUCUUCUGUCCACGACGUCGGGAGAAGGAGCAUCUUCGUCCAGUACUUCGUGUCUGUCAGGUGUCGUCGCAGCAGUAUGCGGCGGAGGCAGCGGUCCGAAAGAGGAGAAGUCCUUCGGCGAUUUCGUCGGAAACGUAAUGGAGCAACUGAAUACGACGGAUGCCUUCUCCCAGUAUUCAGUUCCUUUUGGGAGGCCAAUUUUGCGGCAGCAGAUCGAAGAUUAUUACGCUCGAUGGUAUCCCGGUCCGCUCGGAUCCACGUACACUGCGCCCGACGGUACCGUUCUGAAAAACGUGGACGCAGACGAGAAUGUUACCGUAACGCUUGGUGCGACAGAAGCUUUAGCCGUCACACUACGUGCGAUCUGCAAACCAGGGGAUAAGAUCUGCGUGAUAGAGCCGUUCCACGAAAUCUACCCGAGUCAAGCCGCGCUCUUCUAUUUGCGCGUAGAGGUUGUUCGUUUGCGCGAAGUAAACAACAAAUGGUCACUGGAUUUCGACGAGGUGCGAAAGAAAAUCAAGGGCUGCAAGGCUUUUGUGCUGUGCGACCCACACAACCCGACAGGACGAGUCUUUGAUGUGGAAGAGUUACAGAAACUGUGCAAAAUCUGUCUGCAAAAUAACGCUUACCUCCUGAGCGACGACAUCUACGAACACAUGAUCUACGAAGGCGCCGCGGUCCAAAAACAUCUGCUUGGGGGGUACUUGUUGUUACCUUUUAUCGGUACUUAACUAGUUGUUACGUUUUAUCUAAGUACUUAGAAGUACAACCGAUAGCGAUCAUACAGGGGUGACCAGUCUUCAUCUUCUCAAAUGACUAAGUAGCUUCACCCAAGGCAUAGUGGGUCUUCGCGAGUAUUUAGAUUAUUUCGAGCGGUUGACUUUUUUCACACGAAAAGUUUUCCAGGAUCGACACUGUUUCCGUGAUGACAUUGGACGGCGGUUUCUCCGAUGCCGAGAUCGCGCGUAUGCGGGAUCUGUUCAUUAUUUUGAACAGUGCCAGCAAAUCGUUUUCCUGCACGGGGUGGCGCGUCGGCUGGGUGGUUUGUCCCGAGAAUUUAACCUCGCGCGUCAGGGCAAUCCAUGACCAGAUGGCGCUCCAAGCUCCUACGCCGAUGCAGAUCGGCCUCGAGCAUUUGCUGGAGAGCUGCGACGAGACAUACUACGAGAAGCUGCGUUUGAAGUAUGAGGAACGCAGGGACUACAUUUAAGGCUUGCUUCUAUUCAUCUCAAGAGGCAUCUUUCACGUGCUUUCAAGGGGGAAAAAUAAGCCAAAGAUGCACUCCAAGAUGAAUAUCGGAAAGGUCUAAUACAUCGUCAAGGAACUGCGAGACAUGGGGUUCGAGAUCGCGGGAGAGAAGGGACCGGAAGCGGCCUACUACGUUUUCGCUCGCUUCCGAAACGUGGGAAGGCUGCGCGAUUUCAAGACGCCGACUGAGGCUUGUAUGUGGCUCGUGCAAGCACCGGAUGGCGUUGCGCUGGUUCCGGGAGAUAAUUUCUACUACCAUGGGGCAAACAACGACUACGUCCGGUUCUGCUUCUGUAGGCAGAUGGACGAUCUCCGAGAGGCGUGCCGCAGACUACGCGUAAAACUGGAGAUAGAUAGUAGCACGUGAUUUAUUGUGAGCCUAUCAUGAUCCCUCUUCGGUACGUCAAGGGUGAUUCCCAUUCUUUACAGAAAACGCGGUGGUCAUUCUAAUGAGGUGGUUUCCACCUUCAUUUUGCUUUACUCCGAUCAACCUAUUUCCAUUUCGAUCAUAUUACUUACGAGGAAUCAUACUCAUGCUGGUGCUUUCACUUUCCCGCAAAUGAUAUUGAUUUGUUGUCAUUCUGUGCUACACAUAUUCUACACGGUCUAAGAUCUUCUUUCCGUAGGUUUGAAUUUUUGCAAGCAAUGUCAAAAGGGGACUUUUCAAUGGUAACCCGCACGAAGUGCAUGGUUGCUUAUAGGGAGAACCUCUUUUGGUUUCACGAAUCAACGCAAAUGUACGACACUAGUAAGGGUAAGAGUGUCACUUCACUUGGUGACACCGAAGCGUUACCACGCAAUAUCUUCAAC